AUAGUAACGAUUUUUAAUUCGAACCAAAUACAUAACGCACCUCGACGAUGACGAACAAAACAUUCAAGAUUUUGAUGUUAUUUGUGUUAGCCGCACUGUUCGAUGGCCAGCAUCAGGCCGUACAGACCAGUGCGCAGAUCAUUAGCAUCAAUUGCGGCGGACAACCAGCCAUCUGCGUUGGACCAGCAUCCUAUCAGCUCUGUGAAAGGAAUGUGGCAACUGGCAGUGUCCUACAGUGUCCACUCAAUACGCGCUGCAUCAAUGAAGGCGUGGAAAUUUGUGUGCCCGUUAAAGUGGAUCCCAAAGCGUCCUCUGCUGCGGUUGCCAAGAUGACAACAGUCACCGAUCAUCCGAUUACCGGAGGCAGAGCAUCAGCGGCUAUCAUAGAGUCCACGACUAGCUCUGGAGGCAUUGUGGUUGCCAAUAGCACUGAAGGCUUAGUGAUUCUCACUACAACUGCAGCUUUACCGCAAACGACUACUCAGCUGCCCAUUGAGACAACAUCGGCUAUCGAUGAGACGACAAAUGAACCGGUGGAGACAACUACUAGUGAGCCUUUGCUAACAACUGCUCAGCCAAUUGUUGAAACAACGCUUGGACAGGGAGAGAGCGAAACAACUGUUUCUAAUAUACCAGUGGAAACUACAAUUUCACCUUCCGAGCCCAGUACAACAGUAGAUCCAAAUAUCCCAAAUGCUCCAACUAAGCCAACUCUCCCGGAGGUAACGACAUUACCUCCAGUAAACCCAAGUGAGCCAGCUAACCCUACCACACCUGUUGAUCCAGAGGUAACAACUAUAUCACCGGUUGACCCUAAUGCACCCUUGGACCCAAAUGCACCUGUUGUACCAAAUACAACUGAAAGCACUGAGGGCACAACUCUUCUGCCCAUUCGUCCAACCGCUCCAGCAGAUCCCAAUGCACCAGCCGACCCGAACGCACCAGUUAGCCCAGAAGCCACCACCAUAUCUCCGACGGACCCAAACGCACCAGUUGACCCUAAUGCACCAGUAGACCCUAAUGCUCCUGUGGACCCCAAUGCACCCGUUGAUCCAAAUUCGCCAGUAGAUCCGAAUGAGCCAGUUGAUCCGAAUGCACCAGUCGACCCAAAUGCCCCAGUAGACCCAGAAGCUACUACCAUAUCUCCAGUGGACCCCAAUGCUCCAGUUGACCCCAAUGCACCAGUAGAUCCCAGCGCACCAGUAGAUCCGAAUGCACCAGUCGACCCUAAUGCCCCAGUGGACCCAGAAGCUACUACCAUAUCUCCAGUGGACCCCAAUGCUCCAGUUGACCCUAAUGCACCAGUAGAUCCCAGCGCACCAGUAGAUCCGAAUGCACCAGUCGACCCUAAUGCCCCAGUGGACCCAGAAGCUACUACCAUAUCUCCAGUGGACCCCAAUGCUCCAGUUGACCCUAAUGCACCAGUAGAUCCCAGCGCACCAGUAGAUCCGAAUGCACCAGUCGACCCUAAUGCCCCAGUGGACCCAGAAGCUACUACCAUAUCUCCAGUGGACCCCAAUGCACCAGUCGACCCUAAUGCACCAGUUGAUCCCAAUGCCCCGGUCGAUCCGAAUGCACCAGUUGAUCCCAAUGCACCAGUGGAUCCCAAUGCACCAGUGGACCCUAACGCGCCAGUUGAUCCAAACGCUCCAGUAGAUCCAAACGCUCCUGUGGAUCCAAAUGCACCAGUCGAUCCGAAUGCACCAGUUGAUCCCAAUGCACCAGUGGAUCCCAAUGCUCCAGUUGACCCUAAUGCACCAGUUGAUCCCAACGCUCCAGUAGAUCCAAACGCCCCAGUUGAUCCCAACGCACCAGUGGACCCUAACACACCAGUGGAUCCCAAUGCUCCAGUUGACCCUAAUGCACCAGUUGAUCCCAACGCUCCAGUAGAUCCGAAUGCACCAAUUGACCCUAAUGCACCAGUUGAUCCCAACGCACCAGUAGAUCCCAACGCACCUGUGGAUCCUAAUGCACCAGUUGAUCCCAAUGCUCCAGUUGACCCUAAUGCACCAGUUGAUCCCAACGCUCCGGUAGAUCCCAAUGCACCUGUGGAUCCCAAUGCCCCUGUGGAUCCUAUUGCACCAGUCGACCCCAAUUCACCAGUAAAUCCUAACGCACCAGUGGAUCCAAAUGCGCCAGUUGAUCCGAAUGCACCAGUCGACCCUAAUGAACCAGUGGGUCCAGAAGCUACUACCAUAUCUCCAGUCGACCCUAACGCACCAGUUGAUCCCAAUGCACCAGUGGACCCUAACGCACCAGUUGAUCCCAAUGCACCAGUGGACCCCAACGCGCCUGUGGAUCCUAAUGCACCAGUUGAUCCCAAUGCACCAGUUGAUCCAAACGCUCCAGUAGAUCCAAACGCCCCUGUGGAUCCCAAUGCACCAGUUGAUCCCAAUGCACCAGUUGACCCUAAUGCACCAGUUGAUCCCAAUGCCCCGGUCGAUCCGAAUGCACCAGUUGAUCCCAAUGCACCAGUGGAUCCCAAUGCUCCAGUUGACCCUAAUGCACCAGUUGAUCCCAAUGCACCAGUGGACCCUAACGCGCCAGUUGAUCCCAACGCUCCAGUAGAUCCAAACGCCCCUGUGGAUCCCAAUGCACCAGUCGAUCCGAAUGCACCAGUUGAUCCCAAUGCACCAGUUGAUCCCAACGCUCCAGUAGAUCCCAAUGCCCCGGUCGAUCCGAAUGCACCAGUUGAUCCGAAUGCACCAGUGGAUCCCAAUGCUCCAGUUGACCCUAAUGCACCAGUUGAUCCCAACGCUCCAGUAGAUCCCAACGCUCCAGUAGAUCCGAACGCCCCGGUCGAUCCCAAUGCACCAGUUGAUCCGAAUGCACCAGUUGAUCCCAAUGCCCCGGUGGACCCGAAUGCACCAAUUGAUCCCAACGCACCAGUAGAUCCCAACGCACCUGUGGAUCCUAAUGCACCAGUUGAUCCUAAUGCACCAGUUGAUCCCAACGCUCCAGUAGAUCCCAAUGCCCCGGUCGAUCCGAAUGCACCAGUUGAUCCGAAUGCACCAGUGGAUCCCAAUGCUCCAGUUGACCCUAAUGCACCAGUUGAUCCCAAUGCACCAGUGGAUCCCAAUGCUCCAGUUGACCCCAACGCUCCAGUAGAUCCGAACGCCCCGGUCGAUCCCAAUGCACCAGUUGAUCCGAAUGCACCAGUUGAUCCCAACGCUCCAGUAGAUCCCAAUGCCCCGGUCGAUCCCAAUGCCCCGGUCGAUCCGAAUGCACCAGUGGAUCCCAAUGCUCCAGUUGACCCUAAUGCACCAGUUGAUCCCAAUGCACCAGUGGAUCCCAAUGCUCCAGUUGACCCCAACGCUCCAGUAGAUCCGAACGCCCCGGUCGAUCCCAAUGCACCAGUUGAUCCGAAUGCACCAGUUGAUCCCAAUGCCCCGGUGGACCCGAAUGCACCAAUUGAUCCCAACGCACCAGUAGAUCCCAACGCACCUGUGGAUCCUAAUGCACCAGUUGAUCCUAAUGCACCAGUUGAUCCCAACGCUCCAGUAGAUCCCAAUGCCCCGGUCGAUCCGAAUGCACCAGUUGAUCCGAAUGCACCAGUGGAUCCCAAUGCUCCAGUUGACCCUAAUGCACCAGUUGAUCCCAACGCUCCAGUAGAUCCCAAUGCACCUGUUGAUCCCAAUGCACCAGUGGAUCCCAAUGCUCCAGUUGACCCUAAUGCACCAGUUGAUCCCAAUGCACCAGUGGAUCCCAAUGCUCCAGUUGACCCCAACGCUCCAGUAGAUCCGAACGCCCCGGUCGAUCCCAAUGCACCAGUUGAUCCGAAUGCACCAGUUGAUCCCAAUGCCCCGGUGGACCCGAAUGCACCAAUUGACCCUAAUGCACCAGUUGAUCCCAACGCACCAGUCGAUCCCAACGCACCUGUGGAUCCCAAUGCACCAGUUGAUCCCAACGCACCAGUGGACCCUAACACACCAGUGGAUCCCAAUGCUCCAGUUGACCCUAAUGCACCAGUUGAUCCCAACGCUCCAGUAGAUCCAAACGCCCCAGUUGAUGCCAACGCACCAGUGGACCCUAACACACCUGUGGAUCCCAAUGCUCCAGUUGACCCUAAUGCACCUGUGGAUCCUAAUGCACCAGUUGAUCCCAAUGCUCCAGUUGACCCUAAUGCACCAGUGGAUCCCAAUGCUCCAGUUGACCCUAAUGCACCAGUUGAUCCCAAUGCCCCGGUGGACCCGAAUGCACCAAUUGACCCUAAUGCACCAGUUGAUCCCAAUGCACCAGUGGAUCCCAAUGCUCCAGUUGACCCUAAUGCACCAGUAGAUCCCAACGCACCUGUGGAUCCUAAUGCACCAGUUGAUCCCAAUGCCCCGGUGGAUCCCAAUGCACCAGUUGAUCCCAAUGCCCCGGUCGAUCCGAAUGCACCUGUUGAUCCCAAUGCACCAGUGGAUCCCAAUGCUCCAGUUGACCCUAACGCGCCAGUUGAUCCCAAUGCCCCGGUGGACCCGAAUGCACCAAUUGACCCCAAUGCUCCAGUUGACCCUAAUGCACCAGUAGAUCCCAACGCACCUGUGGAUCCUAAUGCACCAGUUGAUCCCAAUGCCCCGGUGGAUCCCAAUGCACCAGUUGAUCCCAAUGCCCCGGUCGAUCCGAAUGCACCAGUGGAUCCCAAUGCUCCAGUUGACCCUAACGCGCCAGUUGAUCCCAACGCUCCAGUAGAUCCAAACGCCCCAGUUGAUCCCAACGCACCAGUGAACCCUAACACACCAGUGGAUCCCAAUGCUCCAGUUGACCCUAAUGCACCAGUUGAUCCCAAUGCCCCGGUGGACCCGAAUGCACCAAUUGACCCUAAUGCACCAGUUGAUCCCAACGCACCAGUGGAUCCCAACGCACCUGUGGAUCCUAAUGCACCAGUUGAUCCCAAUGCUCCAGUUGACCCUAAUGCACCAGUAGAUCCCAACGCACCUGUGGAUCCUAAUGCACCAGUUGAUCCCAAUGCCCCAAUGGAUCCCAAUGCACCAGUGGAUCCCAAUGCACCAGUGGACCCUAACGCGCCAGUUGAUCCCAACGCUCCAGUAGAUCCAAACGCCCCAGUUGAUCCCAACGCACCAGUGGACCCUAACACACCAGUUGAUCCAAACGCCCCUGUGGAUCCCAAUGCACCAGUCGAUCCGAAUGCACCAGUUGAUCCCAAUGCACCAGUUGAUCCCAACGCUCCAGUAAAUCCCAAUGCCCCGGUCGAUCCGAAUGCACCAGUUGAUCCGAAUGCACCAGUGGAUCCCAAUGCUCCAGUUGACCCUAAUGCACCAGUUGAUCCCAACGCACCAGUGGAUCCCAACGCACCUGUGGAUCCCAAUGCACCAGUUGAUCCCAAUGCACCAAUGGAUCCCAAUGCUCCAGUUGACCCUAAUGCACCAGUUGAUCCCAAUGCCCCGGUGGACCCGAAUGCACCAAUUGACCCUAAUGCACCAGUUGAUCCCAACGCACCAGUGGAUCCCAUCGCACCUGUGGAUCCUAAUGCACCAGUUGACCCUAAUGCACCAGUAGAUCCCAACGCACCUGUGGAUCCUAAUGCACCAGUAGAUCCCAACGCACCUGUGGAUCCUAAUGCACCAGUUGAUCCCAAUGCCCCGGUGGAUCCCAAUGCACCAGUUGAUCCCAAUGCCCCGGUCGAUCCGAAUGCACCUGUUGAUCCCAAUGCACCAGUGGACCCUAACGCGCCAGUGGAUCCCAACGCGCCAGUUGAUCCCAACGCACCAGUAGAUCCCAACGCACCUGUGGAUCCUAACGCACCAGUUGAUCCGAAUGCCCCGGUCGAUCCCAAUGCACCAGUUGAUCCCAAUGCCCCGGUCGAUCCGAAUGCACCUGUUGAUCCCAAUGCACCAGUGGAUCCCAAUGCUCCAGUUGACCCUAACGCGCCAGUUGAUCCCAAUGCCCCGGUGGACCCGAAUGCACCAAUUGACCCCAAUGCUCCAGUUGACCCUAAUGCACCAGUAGAUCCCAACGCACCUGUGGAUCCUAAUGCACCAGUUGAUCCCAAUGCCCCGGUGGAUCCCAAUGCACCAGUUGAUCCCAAUGCCCCGGUCGAUCCGAAUGCACCAGUGGAUCCCAAUGCUCCAGUUGACCCUAACGCGCCAGUUGAUCCCAACGCUCCAGUAGAUCCAAACGCCCCAGUUGAUCCCAACGCACCAGUGAACCCUAACACACCAGUGGAUCCCAAUGCUCCAGUUGACCCUAAUGCACCAGUUGAUCCCAAUGCCCCGGUGGACCCGAAUGCACCAAUUGACCCUAAUGCACCAGUUGAUCCCAACGCACCAGUGGAUCCCAACGCACCUGUGGAUCCUAAUGCACCAGUUGAUCCCAAUGCUCCAGUUGACCCUAAUGCACCAGUAGAUCCCAACGCACCUGUGGAUCCUAAUGCACCAGUUGAUCCCAAUGCCCCAAUGGAUCCCAAUGCACCAGUGGAUCCCAAUGCACCAGUGGACCCUAACGCGCCAGUUGAUCCCAACGCUCCAGUAGAUCCAAACGCCCCAGUUGAUCCCAACGCACCAGUGGACCCUAACACACCAGUUGAUCCAAACGCCCCUGUGGAUCCCAAUGCACCAGUCGAUCCGAAUGCACCAGUUGAUCCCAAUGCACCAGUUGAUCCCAACGCUCCAGUAAAUCCCAAUGCCCCGGUCGAUCCGAAUGCACCAGUUGAUCCGAAUGCACCAGUGGAUCCCAAUGCUCCAGUUGACCCUAAUGCACCAGUUGAUCCCAACGCACCAGUGGAUCCCAACGCACCUGUGGAUCCCAAUGCACCAGUUGAUCCCAAUGCACCAAUGGAUCCCAAUGCUCCAGUUGACCCUAAUGCACCAGUUGAUCCCAAUGCCCCGGUGGACCCGAAUGCACCAAUUGACCCUAAUGCACCAGUUGAUCCCAACGCACCAGUGGAUCCCAUCGCACCUGUGGAUCCUAAUGCACCAGUUGACCCUAAUGCACCAGUAGAUCCCAACGCACCUGUGGAUCCUAAUGCACCAGUAGAUCCCAACGCACCUGUGGAUCCUAAUGCACCAGUUGAUCCCAAUGCCCCGGUGGAUCCCAAUGCACCAGUUGAUCCCAAUGCCCCGGUCGAUCCGAAUGCACCUGUUGAUCCCAAUGCACCAGUGGACCCUAACGCGCCAGUGGAUCCCAACGCGCCAGUUGAUCCCAACGCACCAGUAGAUCCCAACGCACCUGUGGAUCCUAACGCACCAGUUGAUCCGAAUGCCCCGGUCGAUCCCAAUGCACCAGUUGAUCCCAAUGCACCAGUGGACCCUAACGCGCCAGUUAAUCCCAACGCUCCAGUAGAUCCAAACGCCCCUGUGGAUCCCAAUGCACCAGUGGACCCUAACGCGCCGGUUGAUCCCAACGCUCCAGUAGAACCUAAUGCACCGGUUGAUCCCAAUGCCCCGGUCAAUCCGAAUGCACCAGUUGAUCCGAAUGCCCCGGUGGAUCCGAAUGCACCAAUUGAUCCUAAUGCACCAGUUGAUCCCAACGCACCAGUAGAUCCCAACGCACCAAUUGACCCUAAUGCACCAGUUGAUCCCAACGCACCAGUAGAUCCCAACGCGCCUGUGGAUCCUAACGCACCAGUUGAUCCGAACGCACCAGUUGAUCCGAAUGCACCAGUAGACCCCAAUGCACCAGUUGACCCUAACUCCCCAGUGAAUCCCAACAGUCCUGUUGAUCCUAACUCCCCAGUUGGUCCCAAUUCUCCCACUUAUCCUUCCGUACCGUCUGUCCCUUCAGUCCCUGUGUAUCCAGGUAGACCUGGUUCAUGGCCAGGCUCAUGGCCGGGAUCAUGGCCAAGUCCAUGGCGCCCGAAUCAUCCCAUCCGUCCCGUUCAUCCACGUCCACCUAUUCGACCCGUUCCGCAACAUCCAUUCUGGCCACAGAGACCAUCGCAGCCGGGCAACAGCAAUGGCAGUAACAGUGGAAAUACCCCCUCUGGAAAUCCAUUCUGGCCUAAUUGGCUUGAUUGGGUCAAUGGUUGGCGUCCAACUAAGAAGCCUACAACAGCUCCCACAGUGGCACCAACAUCAGCCCCGACAGAAAGUCCCAAAAAGCCGGAGACAAAUGAAUCAGUAGAGCAACCGUCUGAUGGACCAGUCUCUAAUGAGAAUGCUUCGGUUGAAGAGAGCAAAAAGAAUCCCAAGGAUAAGAAGAAGCCAAAGUCAGAAAAGGACCAGUCCAAAGAGCAGGACAAGAAGAAGUCGGACUCCAAUGAAAACAGUUCUGAUGAGAAGAAAAAAGAAAAGGAAAAUAAGCGGAAAGAAGAAAAGGAAGAUAAGAAGAAGGAAAACAACAAGUCAAAAGACUCAAAUGAGGAAAAUGACAGCGAUAAGAAACAAUCUAGCAGCUCAUCUGAGGAUAAGAAUGACAAAAAAGAUAAGAAAAAACCAAAGGAUUCCAAAGAAGAGAAAGAGGAGAAAGAAGAGAAAGACAGCGAACAGAAGAAGUCCAACGAAGAUGAGGACAACGACGAUCUGAGCUCCAAAGAGAAAAGGGAAUUUGUAAAGAAAGUCAUAAAAAAGCUAAGAAACGAAGACGAAUGCGAUGAAGACGAUGCCUAUCCAGAUGUGCGCGACUGCCGUAAAUAUUACCGUUGCGAAAUCAAGAAGUCCGGCAAACAUCGAUUCGUCCAUCUGCGCUGCGACAACAAGGAACGUUUCGACUACCGCCUUCUCAAGUGCGUCUCCAAGAACGAUGCCGUCUGCCUGCACAAGUAGGGGGCCCUGUUGGAGCAGCCGCUGCGAAACGAAGUGAAUGGAAACUGAAACAAAAACAGAAACGAAAACUGUAACAUUCCAAAUAUAUAAUCUCACAAUAAAUUCAAUGAUAUUAGCAACGAUAUAUAUACACGCAACAUAUAAUAACUUACUAGAUACUUUUUUUUUUUUAUUUAUUGUAAAAACUAGUCUUCCAAAUAAAAUAUAACUUAUAUAUGCAUUAAUUAAAAUAAAGUCCGGUGUUAAUUGCUCUUUGAAA